AUGACUUCAGAUUCCAUCCCGAGUGAACUCAUUACCGAGGUAUUGUCGAGAUUGCCUUCAAAGUCAAUCACGAGGUUUCACUGCGUGUCGAAGCAAUGGGAAUCAAUGCUUAGUCGUCCAUAUUUCAGAGAGUUGAUCCUGACCAGGUCCUCGGCUCAGCCUCGUAUCUUAUUCGUCAUCGAAGGGAAGGGUUUGUGGAGCAUCUUCUCUGUGCCUCAGAAUCCGUCGCCAUCGUCGUCCCUUGAAGUAGCUGCCGAAUUUCAUAUGAAGUUUCCUCCAGAGAAUAUGCGGAUCUAUGAUAACCGACAAUUUUCAUGUGGCUAUGCCUCUGGUUUGAUCUAUUUCGGUAUGUUGUCGUUCCCAGUGGAGGAACAUGGGAGAGUGUCUGUGAUAUGUAACCCUAAGACGGGAGGGUAUGAGACCUUACCUUUCCUCUCAAGGUACAGAAAGGCGUAUAGCUUUUUCGGGUUUGAUCCGAUUGACAAGCAGUUCAAGGUAUUGUUCAUGGCUUAUCCGUUUGGUCCUGAUAGACAUAAAAUUAUGACCUUAGAAACUGGAGAAAGGAGGUGGAGAACGAUUAAAUGCUCCUUAAGACAUGAGAUUGUGAGUCAAGGAGUAUGCAUCAACGGGGUUUUGUAUUACGUAGGUGACACGUCUGAUUGCUAUGGUGAUCACGAGUCUGAUUGUGUGAUAGUUUGCUUUGAUGUUAGGUCUGAGACAUUCAAAUUUAUUUACUUGGAAAGCUUUUGUGAUUUGAUAAACUAUAAUGGUAAAUUAGGUGUGAUUUAUUUUGAGGAUGAUGAUGAUAGAGUCGAUGCUGAUGCCAUUGAGUUGGGUGUGUGGGUCUUAGAGGAUUUGGAGAAAGAAGAAUGGUCGAUAUAUGAAUACACUUUGAAGGAUGAUAAAUUCAUGUUCGCUGAUGUUUAUGUUGUUGGAGUGACUAGUACGGGUGAAAUUAUUUUGUCCAUGAGAUAUUUUAGACCCGUACGACCGUUUUAUGUUUUCUACUUCAAUCCUGAGACGAGGACUCUCCAAAGUGUUGAAAUCAAAGGUUUUGGAGAUAUCGGUGAAGGGUUGGCGGGACUUGACGUUUACACCUUUGUAAACCAUGUAGAGGAUCUCAAUGUAAACAAGGCAAAGCUACUCAAUUCAAGCAUCUAUGCUCCAUAUGUGUAUACAGACUUAACAAAACAAGUUUGUCGUGAGGACUCAGAAUCAGAAGAAGAAGAAGAAGUAGAAGAAGAAUCAUCAGAAGAAUCAUCAGAAGAAGAAGAAGAAGAAGAAGAAGAAGAAGAAGAAGAACGAGAAGGAAAAGAAGAAAGAUAA